AUGAAAAGUAAAAAAGUAAAUAAAUUAGGUGGUGAAAAUUUUGAAAGAGGUAAAACAUGUAGAAAAAAUAAAAUUUUAGUAAAUCCCCAUAAAAAUAAUAGGGAAAUAAAAGAAAAAACUGUAAAUGAGGAAAUUCAUCAUUUAAGUGAUUACUUAAAAGAUGAAGCAAAUGAAAAAUCAAAUGAAAAUAUAUAUAAUGAAUUAAAUAAAAAUAUAUAUGAUGAAUCAAAUGAAAAUGUAUUUGAAGAAUUGAAUGAUAAUUUAAGUAAUUUUGUAUUUAAAAAGAAGAUAUAUGAAAAGAAUAUAGCACAAAUAGAAAAAAAAAUUCAAACAAAUAAAUUAAACAAACUUAUAGAAACUAAAGAAAUUAUUUUAGACAUGCUUACUAUAAUUAAAAAUAGAAAAUUAAAUUUAUCUUAG